GCACGUCGCUGGGCCGUUCCGGCGUAGGCGGUGCACUGUCAGUAUGCAACGGUUGCUCCUUCCGUCCCUGAAGGCCUUCACGGGGAGCCGCACUGUCGGGCUCCUAGCCCCUAGGGCGGCAUCCAGAGCACAGUGUGGUUGCAGUUUUGGCAGCAGGCAUCCUCUGAAGCCAGGGCAAUAUGGCACCGUCACUGAAGUGGCUUUGCAAUCCGGAAAAGGUGCAGUGCCCCUUCCCUCGAAGGCAGCCGAGCAGGCAGUGGGCCGAUGGCUCCUGGUUUGCAGCGGAACGGUCGCUGGAGCCGUUAUUCUCGGAGGAGUAACUCGGCUGACGGAGUCUGGCCUCUCAAUGGUAGACUGGCAUUUAAUAAAGGAGAUGAAGCCACCCACAAGCCAAGAAGAAUGGGAAGCAGAAUUCCAGAAAUACCAGCAAUUUCCAGAAUUUAAAAUCCUGAAUCAUGACAUGACACUGGCAGAAUUCAAGUUCAUCUGGUACAUGGAAUACUCGCACCGAAUGUGGGGUCGAGCUGUAGGCCUUGCAUACAUCCUGCCCGCUGCCUAUUUCUGGAGAAAGGGUUGGCUCAGCCGUGGCAUGAAAGGACGUGUUCUUGCCCUCUGUGGCUUAGUCUGUUUCCAGGGUCUCUUGGGUUGGUAUAUGGUGAAAAGUGGGCUAGAAGAAAAACCAGAGUCCUAUGAUAUUCCUCGGGUCAGUCAGUACCGCCUGGCAGCCCACCUGGGGUCAGCACUUGUUCUUUACUGUGCCAGCCUAUGGACCUCACUGUCCCUGCUGCUCCCUCAGCACAAGUUACCUGAAACCCGACAGCUGCUGUGGUUGAGACGCUUUGCUGGAGGCACAGCAGGCCUGGUGUUCCUUACGGCUCUCUCAGGGGCUUUUGUGGCAGGGUUGGAUGCUGGGCUUGUUUACAACUCCUUCCCCAAAAUGGGAGACUCUUGGAUCCCAGAGGAUCUCCUUACCUUCUCUCCCAUCCUGAAGAAUGUCUUUGAGAAUCCCACCAUGGUGCAGUUUGAUCACCGGCUUCUGGGCAUCACAUCAGUCACGGCCAUUACAGUGCUCUAUUUCCUGUCCCGGAGAAUCCCCCUUCCUCGAAGGACCAAGAUGGCAGCAGUGACUCUGCUUGCUUUGGCAUAUGCACAGGUGACCUUGGGCAUUAGCACUCUGCUUAUGUAUGUUCCAACUCCUCUGGCUGCCACACACCAGUCAGGCUCCUUGGCACUGCUUAGUGGUGCCCUUUGGCUCAUGAAUGAACUCCGAAGAGUCCCAAAAUAAUUCUGAGAAUCGCUAGGACUGAAACUAUCUUGGUAAUUUAUCAGCAAGCACAGGAACUUAGGAGGGCGGCCUUGACAUGCCACAUGGCUUACACAUUGGUCAUGUCUCUCAAGACUGUUAGGAGAUGGACACCGGAUCAAGAAUGUCACUAAGGUGUCUUUACACCAGAGAUUUCCUUUAAAAUCUGCUGCAGAAAUAAGUGUCCGUCAUUUGCUGCUGCUUACUAGGCAGUCUGGCUUUUCUUAGUGUUAGGAAGAUCUUGGAUUUCCUUGUCCCUGUGCUGCAGAAUCCUGUCCACUAAUCAGGCUGGUGGUGACAGUGACAGACCCAAGAACAGGUGGACCAGUCAACAGGUAACUGAACGUUGGUUUGUGACCAACAUCUAGCGUUGUUAUAUCUUCUUAAGCACCUAUUGAGCUAGAUUUUGAAGUGAAGAUCCUUUUAUGUGUGUGUUUGUGUUAACAUAUGCCAUGUGUGUACAUAAUGCCAUGGUGGCCAGGGAAAGUGCUGGGUCCCUUAGAGCUGGAGUUAUAGGCAAUUGUAAGCUGCCUGAUAUGGAUGCUGGUAACCAAACACAGGUCCUCCGGAAGAGCAGCAAGCACUCCCACUAGCUGAACCACCUCUCUAGUCUUGGAGUGAAUAUUAUUAAAAUUAAUUGUUAG